AUGCUGAGGCUGGAGGUUUAGGAGUCUGCAUUCUGGUUCCGGCUGGCUCGGCGCGGUCGGCGUGAGCGGAGGGGAGAGGAGGUCGGGCCGGGCGAGCGGCGGACGCGCGCUUCAGCGCCUUGGCACGCAGCCCCGCGGCCUCGCGCAGGCCGGUCCGGCGGCCCAGGGCCUCGCGCUGCCGCAGCGAGCGGCUUGUAAACAGAUCCGGCCGCACGUGACCAUGUGAACUACCUGCUCCGGGCCGUGUAUUGUCUCUUCGGAGAGUCGCACCACAAAGGAGCCGGUGGGCGAGCGGCCGGCGCGCUAAGAUGGCUGAAGGCGCCCGGCAAGGGUGAGCUGGGGGCGCGGCCACCGCGGAGACUCGGCCGGGCACCGGAGCUACCAUGUCGUUCGCCCUGGAGGAGACACUCGAGUCCGACUGGGUGGCGGUGCGGCCCCACGUCUUCGACGAGCGCGAGAAGCACAAGUUUGUGUUCAUUGUGGCCUGGAACGAGAUCGAAGGCAAGUUUGCUAUAACCUGUCACAACCGGACGGCCCAGAGACAGAGGAGCGGUUCCCGGGAACAGGCGGGGACGCCCGCGUCUGAUGGGAGCCGCGGGCCCGGCAGCCCCGCGGCCAGGGGUCGGCCCGAGGCCGCUGCCUCUGCUACAGCGCUCCGGAGUCCCGGGCCACGGAAGAACCAGGCCUGGGCCGAGGGCGGCUCUCCGCGCAGCGCGCGCAGCCUGAGAGGGGAUCCCGUUCGGGGUCCCGCCGGCAAAGGACCCGAGAGUCCUCUCCGUAGCCCCGCGCGGGCCAAGGCCAGCCCGCUCCGCAGAGGAGCCGAAUCCCGCGAUGCGACCGCCGGUGCCACGCCAGCCCCGCCGGCGCCCCCGGUGUCGUCGGUGCGGGUGGUGAGUGCCUCCGGGGCGGUCUCCGAGGAGAUCGAGGUCCUGGAAAUGGUGAGGGAGGACGAGGCGCCACAGCCGCUCCCCGACUCGGAGCAGCCGCCGUCUGCGGCGGAGCUGGAGUCUCCGGCCGAAGAAUGCAGCUGGGCCGGGCUUUUCUCCUUCCAGGAUCUGCGGGCUGUGCAUCAGCAGCUGUGCUCAGUGAACUCUCAGCUAGAGCCGUGUCUGCCGGUGUUCCCCGAAGAGCCGUCCGGCAUGUGGACGGUGCUGUUUGGGGGCGCCCCCGAGAUGACCGAGCAGGAGAUCGAUGCUCUGUGUUACCAACUCCAGGUCUACCUGGGCCACGGCCUGGACACGUGUGGCUGGAAGAUCCUUUCUCAGGUGCUUUUCACCGAGACGGAUGAUCCGGAGGAGUAUUACGAAAGCCUCAGCGAGCUGCGGCAGAAGGGCUACGAAGAAGUGCUCCAGCGGGCCAGGAGGCGCAUCCAGGAGCUCUUGGACAAGCACAAGACUAUAGAAAGCAUGGUGGAGCUUUUGGACCUGUAUCAGAUGGAGGAUGAAGCCUACAGCAGCCUUGCAGAGGCUACAACUGAACUCUACCAGUAUUUACUUCAGCCAUUCCGAGACAUGCGAGAGCUUGCUAUGCUGCGAAGACAGCAGAUCAAGAUCUCCAUGGAGAAUGAUUACCUGGGCCCUCGAAGAAUUGAGAGUCUACAGAAGGAAGAUGCUGACUGGCAGCGGAAAGCUCACAUGGCUGUUUUGUCUAUUCAGGACCUCACUGUCAAAUAUUUUGAAAUAACAGCGAAAGCUCAGAAAGGUAAGCUUUUAGACUCCUUAAGCAUUUUUGAAGAUGAAAAAAGCUAUUUCCUCAGAGCCUCUAAGAACAGCAGUGACUAUAGCAACAAAUCUCAGAGAAACCAAGAAAAGGGAGCAGAACUUCUAAGGAAGCAAAUUUCUUAUCUGUCAGAACAGAAACAUGUGAUUUUUGAAGACUGUAAGAUAAGAAAUAGCAAUAUUUAUAAAGAGAUGCAAAGUUUACAGGGCGGAACAGAAGCUAUAGCUCAGUUGGAUCAGCUGGAAUCUGACUACUAUGAUCUGCAACUUCAGUUGUAUGAAGUACAGUUUGAAAUCUUGAAGUGUGAAGAGUUAUUAUUAACUGCACAGCUGGAGAGCAUCAAAAGACUUAUAUCAGAAAAGAGAGAUGAAGUGGUAUACUAUGACACUUACGAAAGCAUGGAGGCCAUGCUGGAGAAGGAAGAGAUGGCAGCAUCUGUGCACGCACAGAGGGAAGAGCUACAGAAAUUGCAGCAGAAGGCACGCCAGCUGGAAGCAAGAAGGGGCCGUGUCUCAGCCAAGAAAGCCUACCUCAGAAAUAAAAAGGAAAUUUGUAUUGCAAAACACCACGAAAAGUUCCAGCAGCGUUUUCAGAGUGAAGAUGAGUAUAGAGCCCAUCAUACAAUACAGCUAAAGAGAGACAAAUUACAUGAUGAAGAGGAGAGAAAAAGUGCCUGGGUUAGCCAAGAGAGACAGAGGACGCUGGACAGACUUCGGACGUUUAAGCAGAGGUACCCCGGACAAGUCAUCCUUAAGUCAACCAGAUUACGAGUGGCUCAUUCGAGAAGAAAAAGCACAGCAAGUCCUGUGCCCUGUGAGGAGCAGUGUGACUCUCUCCCAGCAGUGCUACAGGGGGAGGAGAAAACAGAGGUGGGAGAAAGAGGAAGCCAUCUUGGGUCUUCACAGACAGCAGAACCCCAGAGCCUUGUCCAACUUGAAGACACUUCAUCAGUACGACUUGAAUCCACCUCAUUACCUCCUCAUGCUGUCAGCUCUGAACUGCCUCCUCCUGAGUCAGCUCCACUGUUGACUAGUAGUGACCCCAAACCGUGUUCUGUUACUAUAGCUCCUCUCCCACCCCCUCCUCCUCCAACACCUCCCCCUCCUCCUCCCCCGCCUCCACCUCCACCUCCACCUCUGCCUGUUGUAAAGGACAGUGGGGCCACCACCACAGCAGAGACACUGGAGAAAGAUGUACUCAGGAUGGAGGGUGGUGAGAAGAGCAUCCCGAAGUCAGCCAGUGCCCCCUCUGCACACCUCUUCGAUAGCAGCCAGCUGCUGAGUGCCCGAAAAAGGCUGCGAAAGACUGCAGAGGGUUUGCAGAGGAGGAGAGUGAGUUCACCCAUGGAUGAAGUGUUAGCAUCCUUGAAGCGAGGUAGUUUUCAUCUGAAAAAGGUUGAACAGCGGACCCUGCCUCCUUUUCCUGAUGAAGAUGAUAGUAAUAAUAUUUUGGCACAGAUAAGGAAAGGGGUAAAAUUGAAGAAGGUUCAAAAAGAAGUUUUGAGAGAAUCCUUCACACUUCUGCCUGAUACGGACCCUUUGACACGGAGCAUCCAUGAAGCUCUAAGAAGAAUUAAAGAAGCAUCUCCAGAGUCAGAGGAUGAGGAAGAGGCUUUGCCUUGCACAGACUGGGAGAACUAGCAGGUGACUUAACAGAGAGAAGAAAAAUACCCAUGGAUGAAGACUGGCUCUGAUUCUUUUGGGGGGAAAGUUUAAGCUCUUGGUCCCACAAUUGGAUUCUACUAGGUCCUGAAUAUGUUGACAAUGCGGUAUGAGAAAAGGAAGCACAAGGGGGUGUCAUUACUGUCCAGUCACUGUCACUGAGAGUGUAGUGUUCCUGACUGCAGUGAGAACAUACCUCCUGGAGAGGGCCGUUUCUUACACGCCUUUCCUCCCAUCUGCUCACUCGUCAUCUCAUGGUGACCGGUUAUAUCACUAUGGAUUCAAGAGGACUGGCUUGGCAGAGUUGUGCUGUGCGAGCUGUUUUGGGAUCCAUCUUUCAGUGAUUGAGAAGAAGCUUGCUGAAGCACAGCUGCUUCCACAUCAGCAUACAGAAAAGAGUGACAUGCUAAAGAAGGCAGUUAUCAAGGUAGUUAUGGUCAGGAAUUUAAAAAAAAAAAAACAUGAAAUGCACUUAAAAUUUCCACAUUAUUCAUCUCCAGAGGAGAUGUUCAGUAUCUGAGAAGCCAAUGG